AUGGAGGGCCCCGGGUAUCCCAUAGCAUAUUAUAAUAACAUACAGUGCGGGUGGACAGUACGGGUGCCACAUAACCACGCGAUUGCCGUACAAUUCAUUGAGUUUGAGACUGAGAAAAGUGAUUACUUGACAAUGAGGUGUAUGUCUGACACAAAGCCAUAUCAUUAUUGGGCCCGAAGUGGUCGUACGAAACCAUCAAAUCUGCUGACGAUUGGGAAUACAAUUGACUCGACUUAUGGACUAAUGGAUGUGCUAUUCGAGUCAGACGAUAGGACCACUGCCCGGGGCUUCAAAAUUGCUUACAAAGCGAUUACAUUGGUUGCUAUGAAUGGGGACCGGAUGUCAGGUCUAUUGGAUUACGACUCAAUCAGAGAUCGGUUCGUAUGGUUUGAUCCCAAGAAACGCAAAUUUAUCGCACAGUCGGCCACUAAUAAGCAUGAGAUAGAUGUGGGCGAUGGAGAGCCCAACAGUUUGGCCAUCGAUUGGAUCCAUGACUUACUGUAUUGGUUGGACACUAAGCACCGGGCGAUUAAAGUUUUAAGUUUUUCAGAUCCACAUUCGUUGUACACAAUUCACAACACGGGUACUGAAACACCUAGAGAUCUGGUGUUAAACUUAAUAACCGGUGCUCUGGUUUGGUCUAACAUUGGUUUUGAGGCCAAUAUAAUGCAAACCCAUUUGGAUGGCAGUAACCGCACAUUAGUGUAUGACUCGGGCCGACACGCCAUGCAUUUGACAGUAGAUUACGGAUCAAAACAAUACUAUUUCAUCGAUAGGACCGACCAUUCGCUGUAUUCCAUAGACUUUUGGGGCAAAAACGAGACGUUUAUUAUGAAAUCUGUGACACUCUUCGACCCAAUCGUAUCCAGUCUUCAGGUUUUUGGUAAUGAUCUGUAUUUCAAUCACGAGUUUUUCCUCUUACGAGUGCCGGACAUACAGUUGGGGAUAGAGAGGGCACAACCUAACACCGGUUCAGUCGACAACCCCUGCGACCAAUCAAAGUGCUCACAACUGUGUUUACCCAGUGGUGGGAACAAUAGACAGGCAUUAAAACGAGAUCUCAUAAAAAAUACACCGGAUUUGAGACUAAAUCCAGGAAUUGCUUUGCGAGACAUUGACGACAAUGAAAACAAGUGCAAUAAAACGCUCACCAAUGAUGUUGACAGUAUUGAUGUGUUGUUUUGGCCCAACAAUACCAACAACAACCAAGAAUGUGAAUGGAGCAUCCAGGUGCCCACGCACAGGGUUAUCUUGUUCAAAAUUACGGACAUAUCAGUUAAUUUAAAUUCGACCGAGUUAAUUAUUUACAACGGCCCCAACGAUACGUAUCCAGUGCUGCGGCGUUUAUAUAAUAUACCGGAAUAUUCAGCACUGAAUCCUUACCUCGAGUUUUUGUCAUCUGGAAACACUAUCUUAAGUGACGAGCCGGGUCGUAUUUUAAUGCAAUAUUCAGCUCAGAAUUAUACUGGAGGCUGCAUAAAAAAUCUAACUAACGAUGCAGGUAACAUAACCAUUUGGGGCGAUUUUGAUACAUAUCCAUGCUCUUGGUAUUUAACUGUGUCGCCGAAUAUGGCCAUCAUGUUCAAAUUUAGUGAUUCCAAUGUUGAUGUCACUAUGAUGAAUGUAUACGAUGUUAUCGGAAACUACACUACCCUCAAUCUGAUAUUAUUGUUGAGUAUCGGGCUGCUGUGGUCUGAUCCAGGGAUUACCACUAUUAUGGCUACGGAUAGUGCAAUACUGAGGGCUAAUUCAAAUAAAGUAAAAAUAAUGACAAUGAAUAGCAAUCAUGUGUCAAAACUAAUGGAUUGCGAUUCAGUCGGGGAACGGGUUGUUUGGUUUGAUCCCAAGAAAAGACAAUUCAUCGCAAAGUUUGGUAAUAAUAGGCUUGGGAUAGAUGUGGGCGAUGGAGAGCCCAAUAGUUUGGCCAUCGAUUGGAUUCAUGACUUACUGUAUUGGUUGGACAGUAAGGACCGGACUAUUAAAGUAUUGCGUUUUUCGGAUCCAAAUUCAAUUUACACUAUUUAUUACACGGACACUGAAAUGUCCAGAGACUUGGUGUUAAACAUAGUGACCGGUGCUCUGGUUUGGUCUAACAUUGGUUUUGAGGUGAAUAUAGUGCAAACCCAUUUGGAUGGCAGUAACCGCACAGUUGUGUACGACUCGGGCCGACACGCCAUGCAUUUGACGGUAAAUUACGGAUCAAAACAAUACUAUUUCAUCGAUAGGACCGACCAUUCGCUGUAUUCCAUAGACUUUUGGGGCAAAAACGAGACGUUUAUUAUGAAAUCCCGGAAACUCUUUGAUCCAAUCGUAUCCAGUCUUCAGGUCUUUGGCAAUGAUCUGUAUUUUGCUCACGAAAUGCUUAUACUUCGAGUGCCGGACAUACAGUUGGACCUUUCACAACGAACUAACACCGGGUUAGUCGACAACUCAUGCGACCAAUCAAAGUGCUCACAAUUGUGUUUACCCAGUGGUGGAAACAAUAGGCAGGCAUUAAAACGAGAUCUUAUGAGAAAUACACCGGAUUUGAGACAAAAUCCAGGAAUUGCUUUGCGAGACAUCGACGACAAUGAAAACAUCGACAGGAUAGAGUGUAAUCAAACACUUACCGGCGAUGGCGACAGAAUUAAUGUGCAAUUCACACCUAACACUACACUAAACAACCAGGAGUGUUACUGGAACAUCCAGGUGCCGCACGACAUGGUCAUUAUUGUGAACUCCAUUUUUAUAAGAACCAAAAAUACGUCGGAUGUGCUAAUUAUAUACAAUGGGGCUAACGAUACCUUGCCAUACGUCCAGUUCUGGACUGGAUUGUCCAGUUUUGAUGGUCGCUGUCCCGUGUCCAGUUCUGUCCUAAAACUUGACAUUGAAGUGUCCCUGUAUGUUUGGUAUUGGUUGACAAUAAAAGCCACUCAAAAGAGAUAA